CUUUGUUAUUGUCACGUGAUACCUGUUAGCAUUAGCCCUAGCUUGUGGCGUUCUUCACUGUAGAUAUCUAAGAAUAAGCCUUAAAAAUGAUGAGCGGGAAGACGGUAAUAGUGACCGGAGCGAACAGCGGGAUAGGAAAAGCCACGGUAGCGGGGAUAGUGAAGCUCCAAGGCCGGGUGAUAAUGGCCUGCCGGGACCCGGACAGAGCCGAGGAGGCGGCCCGGGACAUCCGCCAGCAGAACGGGGCGGACGGCUCGCAGGUGCUGGUCAAACAGCUGGACCUCGCCUCGCUGAAAUCUAUCCGGACUUUCUGUGAGAACAUUAUGAAGGAGGAGCCUCGUUUAGACGUGCUGAUCAACAACGCCGGAGUCUUCCAGUGUCCUUACACCAGGACCGAGGACGGCUUUGAGAUGCAGUUUGGGGUCAACCACCUCGGACACUUCCUGCUCACCCACCUGCUGCUGGACCUCCUGAAACGCUCGGCGCCCAGCCGCGUCCUGGUGGUCUCCUCCAAGCUCUACAAGCGCGGUGAGAUUGACUUCGAGGACCUGAACAGCGAGCAGUUCUAUGAUAAAGCCUUGGCCUACAGUCGCAGCAAACUGGCCAACCUGCUGUUCACCUGCGAGCUGGCUCGCCGCCUGGAGGGCAGCGGAGUGACGGUGAACGCUCUCACUCCGGGCAUCGUGAGGACUAAUCUGGGGAGGCACGUGCACGUUCCGGUGCUGGCUAAACCCCUUUUUAACCUGCUCUCCUGGGGUUUGUUUAAAAGCCCAGAGGAAGGAGCUCAAACCUCAGUGUAUCUGGCCUCCAGCCCAGAUGUAGACGGCGUGCAGGGCAAGUGUUUUGCUGAUUGUCAGCCUCAGGUUCUCCUGGACAAGGCCACAAACCAGGACCUGGCCUCUAAACUGUGGGACAUCAGUGAAGUCAUGGUGGGAAUAACCACAUGAAAUCGAAACUGAGUCAUGCAUGCUUGUAUGUUAGCAGGGUAAUCGUUGCAGGAAAAUGACCCGAGCUUUAAAAUAUGCAGUGCCUUUUUCUCUGUGAAACGUUAAAUAUUUAGUUUGGGUCCAAAAUUAGCAGUAAUGGUGCCGAAAGAUGAAGAUGUUUCCAGGGCUUCACAAAACAGAGAAGUACAAGCCACAUGUUGAGUUAUUGAAACAAAUUACAGAGUUUAGUCAUUUGUUGACAGCUGUCUGUGUUUUAGUUUGGUGUGUAUGUUUUAAACCAGGGGCUUUGUACAGAACUGUUACUGAGCGAUAGGGCUGCUCGAUUAUUGCAAAAAUUAUAAUCUCUGUUGUGAUUUAAAUUGAGAUCUAGAUUUUUUAACAAAAUUAUUCAUUAACUUUGACAACAUGAAUUUAUUGAAAUAAACAAUGGCUUUUAAACAAUGUU